GAUAAAAAGAGCAGCUUUAGCCUCUACGACCCUCUAGUCCCCGGCUAGUUGUCAAUAGACAUACAUCAAUAAAAUACAUUAAAACAAUCUAUAUUUUUCCCUUUUAUAGCUAGAACAAAAUUAAAAACACUGAUCUGAUGAAGGCAAAACUUCAAGAACUUCUUAAAUCUCCAAAGUCUUACCUACAGCAUUUUGAAAUGCAUGGCUCUGUGGAUUUGGGGCAGGAAAUAUGACUUUCUCCACAACAUGACAGCUGAAGCAGUGCCCGCCGCUCUACUGGAAAGUGAGAUGAGAGACUUUGAAGACGCGGGACUGUUGCUCAACUCGCCAUACUUCUCAGUGCUGAGAAAAGAGAGAAACACCGAACUCAUCAUUUCCCUGGAUUUCAGCGAUGGUGAUCCUUUCACGACAGUGAAGGACGCUGCCAAGAUGUGCAAGGAACGAAACAUCCCUUUCCCUGAGGUCAUCAUUCCCGACGGACACUCAGAGAAACCGGAGGACUUCUACGUGUUCAAAGGCAAAAACGUUCCAACCGUGAUUCACAUCCCUCUCUUUAAUGUGGUCAACUGUGGAGAUACAAUUGAGGACUGGAGGAAGAGAUAUGGCACGUUUCAAGGUGCUUACAGCGCUGAGAUGAUCACUGACCUUAUAGAGGUCGCUGGAAAAAACAUCUCCAACAAUAAAGCAAAAGUGGUGGAAGAGAUUAAUGCGAUCGUCGGGCAAAAUACAUCCAGGCGCUAACACGAUCAAAUUUAACACGCAACUCAAUACACAACUUAUAACAAUCUAAAUACCGACUAAAUUGAACUACAUAGAUGAUUUAACAAAUUUAUUUUUCUCUCUUUAAUAAUCACUUAAAAUUUAUAGGCAUUAACAAGUUUGUUUGCCCAUAAAAUCUUUAAGAUAUUCUCUAAGAUAUUAGGAUAAACUUAUUUGGCUUGCUGUCCACUGGAGAGGGGCUCGAUGAAGCCGCUUUAACUCGAGCUCGGAUAGACGCCCCCAGUGGCGAAAUGUAGGACCCGAUUAAAAGGGCGAGGGACCUAAGGUGAAGGUGGAGUUUGGGGAGGUGAGGGAUUCUGGGACAGCUGAUGCUAGGGGGAGGUAAGCGGCUGCUUAUAUAAUCAGGCUGUUCAUUGAAAGAUUAGAUUGGCUCACUUAUGUUUAGGAACUUCAUUUAUUACUUUUUCUGCUAAAUGUGAUUUGUGUGCCAUUAUAAGAUAAUCAGAGGUUGGUAAAGUUUGUGCUUCAUUUCUGUUUAAUGUCGAACAUAUUUCUGCAUGUUUCAAUCUGUUUCUUCACGAUUGACCUUUAUUACCAGCUGAUCAUUAAUAAGAAAAUCAGCAAAAUAUCGUAUUAGCUACUUUGACAAAUAUUGUAUUCUUGUCAGUAAUUGUUUCUGUUCCAAUAUAUUAAUAAAGUGCAUAA